AUGUGGAAGCAGCAGACUCUGAGCAUUAUCAUCAAUACAUUGUUGGCCCUGGGCCAAGCUCUGCCAGUGGAUGUACCACGCUACAAUCAGCUGGGGUACAAGCAGCCACAAUUGAGCAACUCAAGUGGCUACAACAACUUGGUCCCCACCACUGAUCGACUGGGCGUUACAGCGACCACGCCCACACCACAAUUUGAAUAUGCACUGCUGGGUCAGGACCCGGAGGAUCAGCACUGGUAUCGGGUUAGUCUUACCCCAACGGGUCAGAAGUCUGGCUAUCGUGCCCAGUUUGCAACACGAAAAUCGCCGCCGUACGAUGCACAGCAGGCACACAAGCACGACAAGACCAUCAAGGAGCUGCUCAACUUCCUGGAAAAAUCCGAAGAGCAUAAUCUGCUGAAGGUCUAUGGGCAGCUGCUGGCCAGCGAGGACUACAACGAUCAGGAUGGCAAAAGCAAGCGCAAUGUAGAUAAAAUUGAAAUUGAAUUGGAUAACGAUCUGGAUGUAAGAAAUCUGAAAACCGAUCCGAAUCGACCGCUGUUUCUAGUAGGCGAGCUGCAAGGAAAUGCGCCAGGCAACAGCCAAAAUGCCAGUGAUUCGUCAAUGGUUAAGAAUUUUGUUUACUUUAUAAAGGGUUUGAAAUGAGAACGUUGA